UCUUAUUCUUGGCUAAUGCUUCAGCGUUUGUGUGUGCUGCGAGUAAGUGGUUCAAUCUUCUCAGCUGCUGCUUCAUUCCAUCGCACACAACACUCACUCUUUUCUUCAGCUUCUUCUGCAAUGGCCGCUACCGAAGAAUCGCUCCGCAAGGCCCUCGCCGAAAAGCAAUCUGCCGUCGAGGCUCAGGGAAAUGCUGUCCGUGCACUCAAGGCCGCUGCAGCACCCAAGUCUGACAUCGACGCCGCCAUCCAGUCACUCAACGCACUCAAGCUCGAGAAGUCCGACGUCGAGCGCCACCUCCAGUCCAUCCUCUCCGCCGACGGUGGACUAAGCAGGGAGGCGUUCCGUCAGGCCGCUGUCAACACGCUCGAGCGCCGCCUUUUCUACAUCCCGUCGUUCAAGAUCUACCGCGGUGUCGCCGGCCUCUUUGACUACGGCCCUCCCGGAUGCGCUAUCAAGUCCAAUGUUCUCGCCUUCUGGCGCCAGCAUUUUGUUCUUGAGGAGAACAUGUUGGAAGUUGACUGCCCCAGUGUGACACCCGAGGUUGUCCUCAAGGCUUCAGGUCAUGUGGAUAAGUUUACUGAUCUCAUGGUUAAGGAUGAGAAGACCGGGACAUGUUACCGUGCUGACCACUUGCUCAAGGACUUUUGCAAUGACAAGCUGCAGAAGGACCUCACGAUGUCAUCCGAGAAGGCUGCGGAGCUUAAACAUGUCUUGGCAACCUUGGAUGAUCUCUCUGCUGAAGCGCUUGGUGCCAAGAUUAAGGAGUAUGGAAUUACAGCUCCUGAAACCAAGAAUCCACUAUCUGACCCUUAUCCGUUCAAUUUGAUGUUCCAGACAUCUAUUGGUCCAUCUGGCUUGAUCCCUGGCUAUAUGCGUCCUGAAACUGCACAGGGCAUAUUUGUGAAUUUCAAAGACUUGUACUAUUACAAUGGAAACAAACUCCCAUUUGCUGCAGCCCAAAUUGGGCAGGCAUUCAGAAAUGAGAUAUCUCCCCGACAAGGCCUUCUUAGAGUCCGUGAAUUUACAUUGGCAGAAAUUGAGCACUUUGUUGAUCCAGAAGAUAAAUCUCAUCCAAAGUACAAAGAGGUUGCUGAAUUGGAAUUUUUAAUGUUCCCAAGGGAAGAACAAAUGUCUGGUCAAUCCGCCAAGAGAAUUCGCCUCGGUGAAGCUGUGUCAAAGGGAAUUGUCAACAAUGAGACUCUUGGUUAUUUCAUCGGUAGAGUAUAUCUUUUCUUGACACGUCUUGGUAUAGACAAAGACCGGUUACGAUUUAGGCAACACCUUGCUAAUGAGAUGGCCCAUUAUGCUGCUGACUGCUGGGAUGCUGAGAUUGAGUGUUCCUACGGUUGGAUUGAGUGUGUUGGCAUUGCAGAUAGGUCUGCAUAUGAUUUGCGUGCUCACUCGGAUAAAAGUGGGGUUCCAUUGGUGGCUCAAGAAAAAUUUUCAGAGCCUAAGGAAGUGGAGAAAUUGGUUAUAACUCCCGUCAAGAAAGAGUUGGGUCUGGCAUUCAAGGGGAGUCAAAAGAAUGUGGUUGAAGCACUUGAGGCGAUGAAGGAGAAAGAAGCUUUGGAUAUGAAGGCUGCUCUUGAAUCAAAAGGGGAGGUGGAGUUUGAAGUUUGUACACUUGGUAAAACUGUGACUAUUACAAACAAAAUGGUAACUAUUCAGAAGGAGAAAAAGAAGGAGCACCAACGAGUUUUUACACCAUCCGUGAUUGAACCAUCCUUUGGAAUUGGACGGAUUAUUUAUUGUCUCUUUGAGCACUCUUUCUACAUGAGGCCAAGUAAAGCUGGGGAUGAACAGUUAAAUGUAUUUCGGUUCCCUGCAGUUGUGGCUCCUAUUAAGUGCACAGUUUUCCCUCUGGUUCAGAAUAAACAGUAUGAAGAUGUUGCUAAAUACAUUUCUAAGUCAUUGACUGUUGCGGGUAUAUCAAAUAAGAUUGACAUUACAGGUACAUCAAUAGGAAAACGGUAUGCAAGAACAGAUGAACUUGGUGUGCCCUUCGCAAUCACUGUAGAUUCAACAUCUUCAGUAACUAUUCGAGAGAGGGACAGCAAGGAUCAAGUGCGGGUUGAUGCCGAAAAGGCUGCAUCUGUUGUUCGAGAGGUAACUGAAGGCCACAAGACAUGGCAAGAUGUGUGGUCAACCUUCCCCCAUCAUUCCUCUGCUUCCACCGAAGAAUGAGUUUCACUCCUUUCCCUGUCUGGGUUGACCUCUUAAACUUUUUUGCUGCAGAAGUUUUUGCCAUGUUCUUUGUUGGAAACAGUCGAACUACAGGAUUUUUUUUUUCCAAACUAAAUGUGUCUUCUUUUUAUGAAUGAGUUCCUGGCUUUCUGCUACAUACGGGCUUAUUGACUCGCACAUUUUGUAUCUGUUAAAAGAUAUAGAUAUGUUAAUUUAACUAGUUUAA